AUGAACAUAUCACGAGGAAACAGAGUGACUGAGUUCAUCCUCCUGAGUUUUCCCUCCCAAGAGAUGCAGAUCCUCCUCUUUGCAGUCUUCUCUUUGACCUAUGUCCUGACCCUGAUGGGGAAUGGGUCCAUCAUCUGGGCAACGAGAUUGGAUUACCAGCUCUACACCCCGAUGUACAUCCUGCUGGCCAACUUCUCCUUCUUGGAAAUCUGCUACAUUAACACCACAGUUCCUAACAUGUUGGCCAACUUCCUCUCUGAGUCCAAGACCAUCUCCUUCACUGCCUGCUUUCUCCAGUUCUACUUCUUCUUUUCCACAGGUGCCACUGAGACCUUCUUCCUAUCCCUCAUGGCUUUUGAUAGGUACCUGGCCAUUUGUCAGCCUCUACACUACCCCACAAUCAUGACAGGACAUUUUUGCAUCAAACUAGUGUUCCUCUGCUGGGUGAGUGGCUUCCUCUACUUUUCAGUCCCUAUUUGCUUCAUGACUCAAUUACCUUUCUGUGGUCCAAACAUUAUUGAUCACUUUGUCUGUGACCCAGGACCCCUGCUGGCUCUGUCUUGUGCCCCUACCCAAGGGAUUGAACUUUCCUAUUCUAUCCUCAAUUGUCUUCUCAUCUUUGUCACCUUCCCUUUUAUCCUUGGAUCCUACACUCUAGUAUUCAGAGCUGUCCUCAAAGUUCCUUCAGCAGCUGGCCGGAAGAAGGCUUUCUCUACAUGUGGCUCCCACCUGAUUGUGGUCUCUCUGUUCUAUGGGACCCUCAUGGUCAUGUACAUCAGCCCCAAUUCUGGAAACACAGCUGGUUCACAGAAAAUUUUCACUUUAUUUUACUCAGUAGUGACUCCACUGGUGAAUCCCUUAAUCUACAGCCUACGUAAUAAGAAAAUGAAGACUGCUCUAAGAAAAGUCCAGAUGAGAGUACAAACCAUCCAUAGAAAUUAA